CCGGGACCGCCGCUUGGAGGGCACACUCGACAGCGACGAGCACAACAAGCAGCAACAUGAACCAACUGACCGCAACCAUUUUCCUGGCAGUGCUGGGCAUGAGCUCUGCAGGCCUGCUACAUGGAAUUGGACCCCUACAUGGCCCAAUUCUGCCUGGACCAGGACCUCUGCCUGGACCUGGACCACUGCCUGGACCAGGACCUCUUCCUGGACCAGGCCCCCUGAGGCUAGGCCCUGGACCCCUGCCAGCCUAUGCACCUGUGCAUGGUUAUGCCCCCCUGCAUCUGGGCCCUGGCCCCUUGCCUGGACCAGGCCCCUUGCCUGGACCUGGUCCUCUGCCUGGACCUGGCCCUCUGCCUGGACUGGGCCACCUGAGGUUGGGCCCUGGUCCCCUCCCAGGCCCACUGCCUGGUCCUUACCCUGGUCCUCUGGGUCAUGGACCUGCUCCUCUGUGGCAUUAAGUUACAGCUAAAGGGACCUGUUUCUGUCCCUGAAUUAUUCAAGUCCUCUUUUCCUUAUGAAGUACCAAAACUGUUUGUAAAAUGUGUUCCUGUCUUCUGUUAAAGUAAAUGUGUUAUAUUACUUUCGUUGUGCGUAAUAUUGUGGAAAAAAUAAAAUGUUUGUGAACUUCA